ACAUCAUCAUCGACAAAGAAUGACAGACUAAAUUCAAAAUCAGGGACUAUUCCCAUUUGACGCUAAUGACUGGAGGCCUUUGCUGGCUUAAUCGUCUGACUUCUGGAUCAAACUUUGUUGUGGAUAUGGUUUAAGCCGUCUACGGCCGAAUCAUAGAUAUGAGGAAUACUUUGACUGGUGCAGAAGACUGACCUUCGCCCUUCCUCUGACAAUCAAUUAACAUGGGAUCAACAACACUGGGAAAGGCAGCUUCUCUUGAUGCUCUCGUAAUUGAAUGCAUACAUGCAUUUGGUGACAAUGGAGAGCUGCAGGCCAACCUACCUCGCAUGCUUCUGCUGAUGCAUCGCUGGUAUGUUACAUCUUCGGAACUGGCUGGAAAACUGCUGAUGAUGUACCGUGACUGCAAUGAUAAUGACUGCCAGAAAACAAGACUGAAGAUUUGUUAUUUAAUGAGGUACUGGAUAGGGACAUUCCCUGCAGAGUUUAACCUGGACUUGGGUCUUAUUAGGAUAACAGAGGAAUUCAAAGAAGUUGCUGAAAGGCUCAGCUGUGAGGAGCAUGUCAAACUUAUUGAUAUCUCCACCAUUCCUUCAUAUGACUGGAUGCGUAAGCUGACGCAGCGUAAAAAGCAGGUGAAGAAAGGCAAAGCUUCGCUGUUGUUUGAUCAUCUUAAACCUAUGGAGCUGGCAGAACAUCUGACUUUUUUGGAGUUUAAAUCCAUCAGGAGAAUAUCGUUCCUAGAUUACAAGAGCUAUGUGAUCCAUGGUUGCUUGGUGGACAAUCUGACACUGGAACGCUCCAUUGCUCUGUUCAAUGGAGUUUCACAGUGGGUCCAGCUCAUGGUGUUAAGCAAGCUGACACCUCCAACCCGGGCAGAGGUUAUCACCAAAUACAUCCAUGUGUCUCAGAAACUUCUGCAGCUGCAGAACUUCAACACUUUAAUGGCAGUGGUGGGAGGGCUGAGCCACAGCUCAAUUUCUCGUCUGAAGGAGACACAAUCUUAUCUGUCUGCAGAUGUAGUGAAGAUGUGGCGUGAGAUGACAGAACUGGUCUCUUCCAACAAUAACUACUCCUACUACCGCAAGGCCUUCAAUGACUCUCAAGGCUUUAAAAUCCCCAUCCUGGGUGUGCACCUGAAGGACCUCAUAGCCAUGCAUGUGGUCUUUCCAGACUGGGUGGAAGACAGCAACAAGAUGAACCUAGUGAAGAUGCAGCAGCUGUACGUGACUUUCAAUGAGCUGGUGUCACUGCAGAGUGCAGUGGCCCAAGUGGAGCCCAACAUGGACCUAAUAUACCUGCUAACGCUUUCUUUAGAUCUUUACUACACUGAGGAUGAGAUUUAUGAGUUGUCAUUACUUCGGGAACCACGUAAUCCUAAAUCACUGCCGACCUCUCCCACAACUCCCAACAAGCCCCUUGUAUCACUGGACUGGGCCUCAAGUGUCACUACCAAACCGGACCCCUCUGUGGUUAAUAAACAUAUCAGGAAAGUGGUUGAUUCGGUGUUCAGGAACUAUGACCCCGACCACGAUGGUUAUAUUUCUCAAGAAGAUUUCGAAAACAUUGCUGCAAACUUUCCCUUCCUGGACUCGUUCUGCGUUUUGGACAAAGACCAGGAUGGCCUGAUCAGUAAAGAUGAGAUGAUAGCGUAUUUCCUUCGAGCAAACCCGCUGCUCCAGUGUAAAAUGGGUCCAGGAUUCCUCCAUAACUUCCAGGAAAUGACAUAUCUGAAGCCCACCUUCUGUGAACACUGUGCCGGAUUUCUCUGGGGGAUUAUCAAGCAGGGCUACAAGUGCAAAGACUGUGGUGUCAACUGCCAUAAACAAUGUCGGGAGCUGUUGGUUUUGGCUUGCAGAAAGCUGCUGCGCUCUGGUUCCCUCGGGUGUGUGACCCCUGACAGACUGGCGCACAGCUCGCUGCCCAACAGCCCUGCGAUGAACACCUGUUCAGACAAGGACGAGGUGUUUGAGUUCCCUGCUGUGACAUCAGCAAGUCCUAUUCGGGAUGCAAAAAGCAUCACUCUGAUGACUGGUUCAGCUCAGAGGAUCUCUGUCCGCCUGCAGAGGGCCACGAUCAGCCAGGCCACUCAGACUGAACCUCUGUGGUCGGAACACAGCUGGAGGACCACAGACAGUGGCUCCCACACCUUUCCCAAAACGAAAAACCGGACUCACAGAGAGAGCUGUAAAAAUAAUGUUUUUCCCUCAUGGGAAAACCAGGACGACAGGCGGCAGGAGACAGCUUUGGUACAGUGCAGCGGUCCCACUCUGGAGAAGAAUGGUGGCGUUGGAGAACUUGUGCCGAUCACUGAUCGCAGGAUCACAUGCAGAGGGAAGGUAAUAGAAGUGGGAUCAAGAAGUUAGCUCUGCGUCGAAUUAAUAUCGAAUCGAGGUUGCAAGAUUGUGGUGCGCAGAUCAACGGAAAUGAUUUUUGGCAAAAACUUAAAACAUCAUUUGAUUUAAGAAUAUGUAGGCACUUUCCCACGUCUCAACGGGGGCAUGAAAUAGCUAUACUGGAAAUGAGAGCAUCCCUUUUCUUUACUGCUUGUCCUCAUUCGGGUUGUGGUAGACAGGUCAGGUAUUGGGGACUGGUCGCCAGCCAUUUGCAGAGAACAUAUGAGGUGUGUCAGAAAGGUUUCAGGAGUUACUCGCAUCACAAAAGAUGCGAGUUUAAUUUGUCCCGUGAGCAUGCUCUCAAAACACUCAUAACUCAAAACAAAUUUCCCCAUUAAAAUGAAUGGAGAUGCAAUUAGUCCGUUCCAGUCUCCCGAAGACACCGCCAAAUAUUUGUUGGUUUUGAUAAAGACAAGUCGCAGUGCAUCGUAAAAUAGUCAUAAAAACAUGAGAGGACAAUGUAAAGAUAUUAACUAAUAUAUCAUCAAGUCAAAACUCGCUCACACACACACACACACACACACACACACAGUGUAGUACAUUUGCAUGCUGUGCCUUGAAAGGCUCUCUCUCACCCAUAC